CUGGAAGAGACCCAUGUUCCUGUCUUUUCAUGAGGACCCUGUGCCCACUACAGCCUCUCUCAGACUCACUUUUUCGGCAAUCCCCCCAGUGACCUCAUCGGAGAGGCGGUUGUGUAAUCCAGGGCCACAGCAUUUGCACGGCGCUGCCCAGCGCAGAACACACCUCCGAAGGCCGCUCUCGCCAUCCGAAAACCCUCUGAGGUUGUGAGCUCUUUACCGUCCCAAGUCCCUGUGGAUGGCAUCGCGGGCCCCCCUGGAGCUCCAGCCCCUGAACCGGAGCCAGCUGUCGCCUCCAAACGCCACGACCUGUGACAAUGCUCCAGAAGCCUGGGACCUGCUGCACAGAGUCUUACCAUCAGUCAUCAUCAUCAUCUGUGUCUGCGGGCUGCUGGGAAACCUUCUUGUGCUGGCGGUCUUGCUCCGGCCCCGGCGGCGUCUGAACGUGGCCGAAAUGUACCUGGCCAACCUGGCCGCCUCCGACCUGGUGUUUGUCCUGGGCUUGCCCUUCUGGGCGGCGAACAUCUCGAACCAGUUCCGCUGGCCCUUCGGGGGCCUCCUCUGCCGCCUCGUCAACGGAGUCAUCAAGGCCAAUUUGUUCAUCAGCAUCUUCCUGGUGGUGGCCAUCAGCCGGGACCGCUACCGCGCGCUGGUGCACCCCAUGGCCACCCGGCGGCGGCGACAGGCCCGGGCCACCUGCAUGCUCAUCUGGGUGGCGGGCAGCCUCCUGAGCGUCCCCACCUUCCUGUUCCGCUCCAUCGAAGCUGUGCCCGAGCUGAACAACGACAGCGCCUGCGUCCUGCUGCACCCCCCCGGGGCCUGGCACGUCGCGAGGAUGGUGGAGCUGAACGUGCUGGGGUUCCUGCUGCCGCUGGCUGCCAUCGUCUUCUUCAACUGCCACAUCCUGGCCUCCCUGCGCGGGCGGCCCGAGGUGCGCGGGGCGCGGUGCGGGGGCCCCCCCGACGGCAGGACCACCGUGCUCAUCCUCACCUUCGUGGCCGCCUUCCUGGUGUGCUGGACCCCCUACCACUUCUUCGCCUUCCUGGAAUUCCUGACGCAGGUGCAGGUCGUCCGCGGCUGCUUCUGGGAGAAUUUCAAAGACCUGGGCCUGCAGUACGCCAGCUUCUUCGCCUUCAUCAACAGCUGCCUGAACCCCGUCAUCUACGUCUUCGUGGGCCGGCUUUUCAGGACCAGGGUGUGGGACCUUUUUAAGCAGUGCGCCCCCAGAAGGCCGCCUGCCAUGUCCCAUAGGAAACGGGUCCUCCAGCUCUUUUAGCAGAAUUAAGACAGCCGUGGGUCCCGAAGCUCGGCUUCCUCAUCGGCGAUUUGGGACAGAAGAAAUACUGCUGUGGUCGAGCCUCCUCUGCGCCCCCCGCCCCCGCCUCCGGCCCCAGGGACCGGGAUCCAGGCCCUGGAAACCGUGGGGGGUUUUGGUGCAAGGACUUGGCAGGUGUGAUCAAGCUAAGUGUCUUGAGGUGGGGAGAUGAUCCCGGAUUAUCUGAGAGGGCCCAGCGUAAUAAUCCCAGAGGUUUUAGGCAAGACCAGCAGCCAAGUGGAGGCUGGAGAGACCCGGGGAGCCCCGAGCCAGGGGUUGCUGGUGCCCCCCAGAGGCUGGGAAGGGGACAGAGUCAGAGUGUCCCCUCGGGCCUCCAGAAGGAGCCAGCCCUGCAGACGUUUGGACUUUAGCCCACUGAGUCCAGCCUCCAGAAACAUAAGACAAUAAAGUCGUGUCGUUUAAAGUCACCACGUUUGGGCUAAUGCGUUAGAGCAGCCACAGGACACUCCCGCAAGGGUCUCUGAGCACAUUGCCACGUGUCCAUCCAAAAUGUUCUAGGCCAACUGCGAGGCAUAGAGAUGCUAGAGCUAGGGAGCCUACCUGCAGGGAACUGGCACAAAUACUUAGAGUAUUAAAGAGGAAAACAAGAAAUCACAGAAGCAGGCCUCGGAUCCAGCACCCUGAGCAUUCCGAGGGAAGAGGGUGGGUUCCUGGCAGGGGUGUCAGGAGAAGCCUUCGGAAGGGAGUCUGCCCUUCCAAAGUAGGGCGCCCAGAAACUGGGUGCCUGGGGAGCGGGAAGGACGCCUGGUCGAGGCGUAACCGGGACCCGCAGGUGGAAAUCGUGUGCUCGCAGGAGAGCGUGUUUAUGGAACCGUUAAUGCUUCAGGAUUCUUCUUGCAAUGGGGAACCCAAUUGCCUUCAAGGAGCUCACAGGACAGGGACAGUAAUUAGGAGAGUGUCACGGAGCAGGUAACGGCCCCCAUCAUGGGAGAGGAGGUGCUCUGAGCACAGAGAAGUGGAGCGCAGGGUGGGCGGCGGGGAGCAGAGGGGUCUGGAGGCUUCCUGCAGGAAGGGACUCAACCGAUGAGUGGAAUCCAAACAAGCAGUUGGCCAAACCAGAUAGGAGACAAGGUGUGUUCCAGAUAGAGGAAGCAAGCUGGAGCCAGGCACAGGUGGGGAGGGAGAAGGAUGAAGGAGGGUGAGGCACAAGGCAGUCCCAGGAGGGUUGGAGGCUUGAGGAAAAGACUAAUAUGUGGCAAGAAUCUGCAGUGUGCACUGCUCUAGCGAUGCUCCUCAGGCACCAAACAGGCAGGCAGUCGGGUUUCUCCAGGGUUGGGGUUUUGCCAGGUGAUGGCCAUCGUUUAAGGUGUGAACUAUGGAGAAUGGUUGGAUUAGGGAAGGAAUGAACAUAGGUGGUAAGGGAGAGAGUGACAUCGAUGUGGUUACAGAGCAGGGGUAGUAGGAGCAUCUAGGUGAUGGAGCGGAAGCACCGGAGGUUGUGGCCGCCCAGGAAGGGGGUCUGCAUGGAACAUUCCAUCUCCCAUGUGGCCGUGGCAUCGGGUGGCUGGAACAGAGGGAAGGAGAAGGUCAUUGGAGACAAAGCAGUCAAGGAAUGGAGAGGCAGGGGAUGGACAGCCCCAUGGGGGUCCCUGCAGUCAGGCAGGUGCUGGGGGGGUCUGGGGAGGAGACAGCCCGUAGGUCAGGUGCCAAGGCCAGUGUCCAUGCACGGGUGGGAAUGCAGGGCAGGACAGCCUCCGCUGCUGCCCCAGAAGGGCCAGACCUCACGGGGCAGCAGCAAAGACCCAGAUGCAUUCAAAAAAGGGAAAGAAAGCCCGUGCUCCUGGAGCCCGGUGAUGCGCUCUCAGAGGCCGGCAGAGGCUGGGCCACCAGGCCCUCGUGGGCAUCGGGGGUCACCCCACGGUCUGUGCUCCAGCCCCCGGAGGUUUCCUGGAGAGCAGAGAUUGAAGUCAGCAGGCAAGGAUCCAGCUGGUACAUGUGUUUAAUGUAGAUCACAUGGUGUUCAAAUAUAUAUUUUUGCGUUGACUGCCAAUAUAUAAAUUCUACAUAAGA